AUGCCUGAAUUUACCACAAGUAACGUUCCGCUUUUGGAUGUGGUCAUGUCCACACGAAGGAUCAACUUGUCUUUGACGGAGCCGUGUCCUACCAACACGCGGGCUACAUGCGAGGGCUGUGUGCCCUGUCCUUCAGAGAUGUUUAGACUUCCCGGAUGGAAAGACUGUAUUCCUUGGUUGAACUGCUCUGAAAUAGCAGUUCAAGUUCAUCUCAGGAGGCGAUUUACUCAUGGAGUGACUAAACGCGUUUGGCGCGCGGAAUGGAAUGGAUACGACGUUGUUUUAAUUAAAUGCUCAUCCCGAAAGAGUAAAAGAGAAAACUGUGUAAAAGGAUUGACUAAUUUGAAGCUCAUUCAGGGAGAAUUUGCAACUCGAGUCAUUGGCAAUUGUCCAGAGAAGUUCCAGGUACCUAAUGCUCGCCGAGUAUUUAAUUUGUAAUGGUGAUUUAUACCGAGUGAAACUAAUAAUUAUAAAUCACAAUCAUCAUCGUUCGAAACGCGCACGAUCGAUAACACUUUUGGCCCCGCUGUCGAAACUCUCAUUCUCAAAACACAGCUCUUUAUAUAACGGCAAUUAAAUAGAUUUUUUCAUUUAAUGAAAGCUUAUCAACGUGCAGCAUUUUUUUAUUGAGUUAUAAGUAAAAAAUUAGCUGUCUUGAACCCGUUCCAUGUUUCUCCCUUACUUUUUUCACACUUGCAUAUUUAAUUUUCCCCCCGGACCAACCUGUUUCCAGCUAAGGUGUUAAUUUCAUGCGCGUUAUUUUAACAUUUGAUCACUCAAGUUGUUUUAAAGGUUGUAGUCUGAAUUUUUACUUCUUUUUGUCUACAACACACUUCUGUCUAGAUAAGUAAGAUUAUCGUCUUGGUUGUAAAUUCUGUCGGAAGCGUCUUGCUAAGUAGACUUGCCUCACCUCUCGAAUCCGCUAGGCGUUAUUAUUCUUCAUUGAACAACAAGUUUGCGGCCGGGUAAAGAUCUGGCACCAAGUACAAAAUCGUCUCUUGAGUGGAGUUUAGACAUAUACAAUGUAUAUUGCAAAGCAUUGUUUCUUAACAAUAGCCUACGGUUAUAGAACAAUAAUUGAGGUACAAGUUUAUUGAAUCAAAUUUAUUUAGAUGUAGUUAGCCGGAAUUCUAUUCUGUUGGAAACCUAUUUUUUUAGGCAAAGAAUUCAGUCAUCUUCAUUGUUUUAGUUUCUUUCUUUGCUUCUUUUUUUUCAUUUUUGCAGAUGGUCACGAUGUACUACAAGCAUGGCACGCUAAGGUUCCUAGACAAGCUCUUGCGUCGUCCCGAGCUAUUUCAUUACAACAAUAUACAAACAAGAUUUCAGCUGUGUGUGGAUUAUGUCAGGGUUUUGGCGUACCUACACAACAGUCCAAUCGGAGUUCGUGUAAUGUGUGAUACACCAUUCCUCGAAAAAUUACUCGAUCAAUAUUUGAUAACAGACGACUUUCACCUAGUUGUCAAUGACGUGGAUGGAUUAGAAGAAGUAACAAAAAAAGGAGCAUGCCACAAAAGACCUGCUAAUGAUUCACUUCAGUCACGAAUGGAAAUGGAGAGUCAGGGAUUGCCAACUGCGAUAGAACCACUUAAUUUUCAAUUGAGACCAGCAUACGAUGAAAAAAUUGACAUCUGGAAAAUUCCUUGGGUCGUGGAAAAGUUACUUGGUAGUGUUAAAUGGAGCAGUUUUGCAAAAAGUGAGCUUCAAGAAAUCAUGAAAAAGUGCCAUGCAGUUGAUCCUCGGCAAAGGCCUUCUGCGAGUGAGGUACUACAGGAGAUGUUGAGAGUCCAGGAAUUACUGUCAUUUUCGAAGUAUUCGUCACUGGACGUUGAGGAUCAACUUAAUAUGGGUCAAAACUGA